AUGUCCAGGCAUGCACAAAAGCUUAAAGAUCAUGAUACAAAUCCAUGUGUAGCGGAAACAGAUGCCACUACAAAAUGUAUGAAUGACAACAACUAUAACAAGGAUAUGUGUACUGCUUAUUUUUUGAAGUACAAAGACUGCAGAAAAUUUUGGCAUGGCAUUAUGAUGCAGAGGAGAAGAAAUGGUGUGAAACCAGAGAUGCCCUCAGCAGAAGAGAGGAAGAAAAUCUUGGAAUCAAUGGGGCAGCCCUACUGA